CCGCGUUUUGGCGCGCGGGGCACGGGGCCAGCUCCGCUCGGGGCCGGGGCCGCCAUGUCCCGCACGGAGCUGCUGCCCGCCGAGCCCGCCGCAGCCAUCGAGCGGCUCUGCCAGGAGCUCAACCUAGACGCGGCCAGUGCCGCCGAUGCUCUGCGGGACUUCACGGCGCUGAGGGGAACCUACAGCCUGGAGGGCGAGGCGCUGCACUGGCUGGCCUGUGCUCUCUACGUCUCCUGCCGCAAGAGCCUGGUGCCCACCGUGGGGAGCGGCCUGAUGGAGGGCAACGGCGUGUCGCUGACCAGGAUCCUGCGCUCCGCCAGGCUCAGUUUAAUUCAGUUUUUUAGCAAAAUGAAGAAGUGGAUGGACAUGUCAAAUCUACCACAGGAAUUCCGGGAGCGAGUGGAGAGGCUGGAGAGGAAUUUCGAAGUCUCAACUGUGAUUUUCAAAAAGUUUGAGCCAAUCUUUUUGGACAUAUUUCAAAACCCUUACGAAGAGACUCCCAGACCCCAGCGCAGCAGGAAGCAGAGACGGGUGCUGUGCGGCAUUAAAGAUCUCUUCAACUUCUGCUGGACUCUGUUUGUGUACGCCAAGGGUAAUUUCCGUAUGAUUGGAGAUGAUUUAGUAAAUUCCUAUCAUUUGCUUCUGUGCUGCUUGGACCUGAUUUUUGCAAAUGCCCUUUUGUGUCCAAAUAGAAGAGAUUUGCUAAAUCCAUCGUUUAAAGGUUUACCAGCAGACUUCCAUGGGACAGAGCUCAGAGCCUCUGAGGAGCCUCCUUGCAUCGUUGCCACGCUGUGUGAGCUGCACGAUGGGCUCUUGGUAGAAGCAAAAGGAAUCAAGGAGCACUACUUCAAACCAUACAUUGCGAAACUGUUUGAUAGGAAGAUCUUGAGAGGAGAAUGCCUGUUGGAUCUCUGCAAUUUUACAGAGAACAACAAAGCCCUGAACAAGGAGUACGAGGAGUACGUGCUGACGGUGGGGGACUUCGACGAGAGGGUGUUCCUGGGAGCUGGUGCCGAGGAGGAGAUCGGCACUCCCCGCAAGGUCCCCGCGGAGGUGCCGGCGGGGAGGGCGGCGGCCGGAGCGCCUCUGGAGUGCCAUCUGCAGCAGCACUUUGACAAGAAGAGGUCGUUUGCACCUUCCACCCCCCUGACCGGGAGGAGGUACCUGCGGGAGCAGGAGGCUGUGGUCACCCCUGUGGCUUCGGCGACGCAGAGCGUGAGCCGCCUGCAGAACAUGGUGGCUGGGCUGAAGAACGCACCCAGCGAGCAGCUCCUGGCCCUCUUUGAGUCCUGCGCACGCAGCCCCCUGGAGAGCAUCGUGAGCAGAGUGAGAGAAGUAGGUGAGACUUUCUGCUGCAGCUACACCCAGCCGACGGAGCAGCAGCCAGGCUCCCACAUAGAUUUUGCUGUAAACAGAUUGAAGCUGGCAGAGAUCCUCUACUACAAAAUCUUGGAGACUAUCAUGGUGCAAGAAACACGAAGACUGCACGGGAAGGAUCUGACGGCUGUCCUGGAGCAGGAUGUCUUCCACCGCUCACUCCUGGCCUGCUGCCUGGAGAUUGUGCUCUUUGCCUACAGCUCCCCCCGCACGUUCCCCUGGAUCAUUGAGGUGCUUGACCUCAGGCCCUUCUAUUUCUAUAAGGUGAUCGAGGUGCUGAUUCGCUCUGAGGAAGGUCUCUCCAGGGACAUGGUGAAGCAUCUCAACAGCAUUGAGGAACAAAUCCUUGAGAGCCUUGCCUGGACUCGGGACUCUGCUCUCUGGCAAGCACUGCAGGCCUCUGAUAACAAGGUCCCAACCUGCGAGGAGGUGAUAUUUCCCUGUAACUUGGAAGCAGGCAGUGGAGGAAGUGGAGCUGGACACCUGCCUGUGCUGCCUAUGUCUCCUAUCGUUCAUCCUCGGGUGAAGGAGGUUCGGACAGACCUUGGUGGGAGUUUCAGACGGGAGCUGCUGCCGCUGUCUCCCGUCUCCGUCCACGAGCGCUACAGCUCUCCGGCCGCCGGCAGCGCCAAGAGGAGGCUCUUUGGAGACGACAGCCCCAAGGAAAUGCAGGUGGAGAAGAUCUUCACAGAAGGAACCAAGCUGAGCAUCGCUCCCGCCGCUGAGGAGGUGCCUGCUGCGCACACGGUGCUGGCCGUGGCGGCGGCCGCGGUGCCCGCGCAGGCAGGGCCGAAGCUGUCGCUGCACGGCAUUACAAAUGAAGUGGGAGGCAUCGCCUUGAUCCCCAUCUCCAUGAGUUUAGGGCAGCCGUGUAAAGUGGAGGCUCCCUGCCGUGCCCCAGGCCAUCAGGCACAGGAGGAGCCUCUGCUGGCAGUGAGCAAGCCGAGGAGAGCAGGUUCCUUGGCACUGUUCUACAGAAAGGUGUACCAUCUGGCCAGCGUGCGCCUGCGGGACCUGUGCCUCAAGCUGGACGUCUCCAGCGACCUGCGCAGGAAGAUCUGGACCUGCUUCGAGUUCACUUUGGUUCACUGUGCUGAUCUCAUGAAGGACAGACACCUGGACCAGCUCCUCCUCUGUGCCUUUUACAUCAUGGCAAAGGUGACCAAAGAGGAAAGGACUUUCCAGGACAUCAUGAAAAGCUACAGGAACCAGCCCCAGGCAAACAGCCAUGUUUACAGGAGUGUCCUGCUGAGAAAUGCUGCUGACGAGGUUGUGUUGGACACGGGCACGAGCCAGGAUGUGGAGAUGGCAGAAGGCUGCUCUGUGAAAACUGAGAGCCCCUCGGGAGGAUCUGCAACAGAGAGCUCCAGGGAGCCGGGUACAGAGGAGAGAGGAGACCUCAUUACGUUUUACAAUGCAGUCUAUGUAGGAAGGGUCAAGUCCUUCGUGCUGAAGUACAACAUCACCAACCAGGACCACGUGGUGGAGGCCCCUCCGCUGUCGCCGUUCCCCAGCGUGCGGCCGCAGGCAGUGUCGCCCCGCAGGGUCUCUCAGCUGCACUCCAUCUAUGUCUCGCCGCACAAGAACGGGGCCUGCCUGACCUCCGGCUCUGCGCUGCUCUACCGCUUCAACGGCAGCCCCUCCAAGAGUUUGAAGGACAUCAACAACAUGAUCAAGCAGGGGGAGCAGAGGAGCAAGAAGCGAGCGCUCACCAUCGACAGCGACAGCGAGUCCCCGCCCAAGCGGCGCUGCCAGGAAAGCGACGAUGUCCUGCUCAAGCGCCUCCAGGAUGUUGUCAGCGAGAGAGCAAAUCACUGAAGCUGCCCUUUCCCAGUGGGAGCUAAAGGCUGUGGGCUGCACACAGCCUUUGUGCUGCUUUUUGUCUUGCUGUUGACGUGCAGACAGCUGCCAAGGGGCUUUAACUUGCAACUGUCACCCGAGCUCCACAGGGUGUGUGAAGCAAGGGUUAGGUGGUGGAGGCCAGUGAAGAGAGGCAGUGAUGAACCUCGUUUCAGGUCCUGGCUGUGCAGGAAGUUAGUGUUUGAGCUGGUUUAGCAGAACCUGUAGAAAGCCAUUGCUGGAUGUUCUCCAGCCUCACUUAAAGCAUCCUGAAUUCUGAUUCAUGAACUCAGCUUCUAGUUAUAGGAGUUUAGUGUUGGGAUAAGGAGGAUAAGGAAAUGAGUGAAGUCCUUUGAGUCUCUCCAGGUUUUUGGUGUUUGGAGCAGAAACUUGAGAAGUGCCUUACUGUAAAAUGUGGGAUUUUAUGCAUUGUAACUGCAGUGGAGAAGCAGCUAAGCACUGAGUCUCAGGAAGAGCUGAGCAGUUUGGAACUGUUUGCUGUUGUGCUCCAUCUCUUGUCAGAAGUGCAGCAGAAGGCUGUGCCAUGGCUUGGAGUGACAGCAAACACUGCCAGCAAAAGGUACCAAGGGCAGUGACCUAAAGCAGACAACAGCAUCUGGGCAGGUGCUGGGGUGGGAUUCACUGAGCCCAAAGCAGCUCCCUCUCAAGCCACGGCAGCCACUGCUUUCCUGCGGGAGCUGACACAACCCUGGUGUGGAAGCUGUUCCUCCACAUUGCAGCUUACCCAUGAGUAGGAGUUGGUCACAAGCAGCUGCUGGGCUCUGGGCACAAAUUCAUUGAGCAUUCUCUUCUUUCUUUUUUUUCUCCUGAAGCUUUCAGCCUCUUGUGUAGUAUCUACACUGAUUGUAAGCCCUUCAGACAAGGCAUGUUUGUAUAUAGGGGUGGGUUGUAGCUGUUGGAGGCCUGGAUUCACUGGAAGUGUGUCAGUUCCAGCACCCAGUUCUGGUAACUAAGUUUCUAAUGCUGAAGGAUUUGAGAGGGUUUAUUUUACCAAAACUGAGAAAAGUCAAGGUUGAGUUAUGGCUGUAAGUCAGCAGAGUCAAGGUAAACUGCUGUAAAUCAGCAGCCUGAUCUUAUUCCAGAAUCACUUUUAAGGUUUGAGCCAUAGAGAAACUUCUCAGCACUGCAUUGUUCAGCUUCUGUGUAUGCUGAACUGAAGAAACAGUGGAAUGCUUACACAGGACUUCACUGCUCCCUUCACUGCUGGGUUUAUUCAGUGUGUGCUGAGAUCUGUGCCUUGGCUCAGGGAAGAACUCUGCCAUGAUUUCAGGCUGAGGAAUCUGGCCAGCAGCAAUGGAGAAAAGCACACAAGCAGGGACCUCACUCAGCAGUGGGUCGAAAGUUUACAAUCUCUCUCCUUUGGGUUUGAGUGCUGAACUACUUCAAUACUGGACUUGGUUUUUAAUUCAUUUUUAGCUUCCAAAAGAAGGUGCUUUGAGAGCUGUGGCCUGAGGAGGUGGCCACGCAGUGGGAUAGACUUUGUGCAGAUGCUUCAGUUCCUUGAAUUUUAUUCUAUUUUAAAUGUUUGCCUUUGGAUCUUGAGAUGAAAAACACAACAGAAAACCUCCUCAUUGCAGCUGUAACCGUUCAGUGUAUCUGCUCCGGCCUCCUGGGCUGGGGAACACGGAGUCUUGCUUUAGCUUCUGGCAGGAUCCAUGGAGAGAGGCAGCCUUGAGUGGGAACACCCAGCCAGGCUGCAUGGCAGCACUGAGCCCUGCAGCUGUGUGGGGUGAGCAGGGGACAGCUCAGGGGGAUCUCCCCUCACCCCUCUGUUCACCACUGCAGAAAACUGGUGGUGCUAAAAUCCCUUUUUUAGUUGGCAUGAGGCAAAUGGAAGUGCUGCAGCUUGGCUUUGUGCUCACCUGUGUGGGUGAGAAAUGUGUGUGGAUUUGUGGAGCAGCUCAGAGCACAGCUGUGGAGCUGUGAUGCUUCCCAAGUGCCUUCCCCUGUACAUAUGUAUUUUAUAGUAAACAGUUAAAGUAUUGG